AUGCAGAGCCCUGGUGAUUUGGAGUCCCAGCUGGCCUGUAAAGAGAGAGAGUGGAAGGAACUGCAAACUCUCCGCAUCCAGCAGCUGGAGACAGCUCUGUCUGAAGCCACCGCUCAACUCUCCAGCCAAAGGGAACGUUUUCUCCGUCUGCGAGAUGACUUCCAGUAUAACCUGCGCGUCUUGGAGGAACGGGAUCGCGAGCUGGAACGCUACGAUGCCAUGGCGGCGCGAGCCCACACCGAGGAGGGCGCGAGAAGGGAAGAGAUCAGCGAGCUGCGCAUUCAGGUCGCCAAACUUCAAGAUGCGCUGGCAGAGCAGACCAACCUGAGGGAGGAUCUUCAGCUGCAGUAUCAGAAGAGAGAAGUAGAACAUCGGCUGCAGCUGGAGAGUAUGCAGAGUGCGAAGGACAGAGAGAUCCAGAGGCUCAGGGAGGAGAACGAGACGCUGAAACGGGAUCUCCAGCGACGGGUCCAGGAGACUGAGGGGGAGAUUGCGCUGCAGAAGCAGGAGAUGAAGGCAGAUUUUGAUGAUGAGAUGAGGAGACGAGAGCAUGAGUUUAACCUGAAGAUGGAUGAAAUGCGCAGUGAGAUCCUGUCUCAUGAGCUGAAGGUGAAACUGCUGAAUAAGGAGCUGGAGGCUCACGCCAAAGGUCACAGUCAGGUCACAGAGGCUCUGCGAGUGUCUGAGGAACUGUGUCAGCAGGCGCAGAGACAGAUCCAACAGAGACAGAGAGACCUCCGGGACAUGGCUGCCCUAAAAGACUCCAGGAUAAAAGAGCUGGAAGAACAAGUGAGUCAGACGGAGGCGAAGCAGAAAAGGGAAGAGGAAGCCAGCCACAGGAAGUAUGCGGAGCUGGAGCGGCGUGUUCGGGAGAAGGAGGCGGCUUUGGGGCUUCAGCGGGAGGCCCAUGCUGUGGAGUUAAAGGAGGAGAGGAACAGGACAGCAGAACUACAGGCUCAGAUAGAUAAACUCCUACUGGAACGGGAGAGACUGGAUCAGAACCACACAAACCUUCUCAACCGGAAAGAGCACCAGAUAGAGGAGCUCCGCACACAGCUCCAGACCACUCGUGCCGGCUGGGACGCUUACAUCACUCAGGUCUCCAAAGAAACUGUCGCCAAGGAUACCGAGCUUCUGUCUGCGGAGGAGAGGGAAGCUAAAGUCAGGGCAGAGCUGCAGACGUAUAAAGAGGAUGUGGAGAGGUAUAAGCAGCAGUUGGCCAAUAGCAUUGAGAGAGAGAAAGUUCUGGACCAGAGGAGGGUGCAGCUGGAAUUGGAGUGGCAGAGGCGUUGUGAGGAUGCGUGUGCUGAACAUUACCUGAAGAGUGAAGAGCUAAUCCAGGGCCUGACACAGGCCAGAGAGCAGGUGUGUGCUGAGCUGCGUGAAAAAGAGCGUGAGCUCCAGGAGACUGUGGCUCUACUCCGAAGUGUCACCAUAGAGAGAGACCAGGCUCUACAGACGGCCAGAGGACGCCACGCCAAAGACCCUCAGGCAGGCAGAGUGGACAGCAGCGGUUUUCCGUCGGAAGAGAUCCGGCGUCUGCAGAACCAGAACACCAGCCUGAGGGCUGUAGUGGCAGAAAUGAGGAGAGAGAUGGAGCGUCUCACCAGACAGAUUCAGUCUGAACAGACAGUGGGUCACACCCAGACACCGGCUCAGGACACGCAAGAGAAACCCCACCCUACAGGCAGCACAGAAUACAACCUGGCGCUGGAGGAGGAGCUAAAGGAACUGAAGGCCAAGUGUCGCUGCCUUGAGGACCAGCUAGAGGAGGCGUCUAAGACUCCUGAUCUUGCUCCCCCCGCCUCCGUGCCGUCUCACCCCGUUGCCCCCGACAACGCCUACCUCCAAAACCAUAUCAGGUCUCUCAACGAGACUGUAGGUGGGCUUCGCGCUGAGAGAGUCGCCAGCGCUGCUGGCCUGCGGAAACUGGAGGUGAGGUCGGCCCACUUGGAGUCGUGCGUGGCACAGCUCACUCAGCAGUGUCACUCUAAACAGCUUGAGAGUGAGGGGCUGCGCCUGGAACUGGCCAAUCAGAGGAGGGGUUGGGCAGCUGAGGAGGCGGGGCUAAGGCAGAGAUUGGCAGCUGUAGAGAUGGAGCUGGAGGAGGUGAGGAGAGAAGCAGAGGAGUAUCAGAAGGGCAGUGUCCUCCAUAACCUGGAAACUGUUGCCCUCGGUAACCAGGUGUCUGCACUGAAGCUGGACAUUGCCAGCAGGAGGGAGCCUGUGGUUCUACAGCAGAGUGAGAUGGUAAAGCAGCUGCAGGAGGAGACGCUGCGUCUGCGGCAGCAGCUUUUGUCGCGGGAAGGGAAAGGGGGCGUGGCCCCCGAGGUCGACGCCCCUCUCCUCCAAUCAAAACUCAGACAGGCGGCGCGGAUGAUCUCCCGUCUGAGCCGAGACAAACAGCAGCUCAUCGAGAUGGGAAACAGACUCCGGGCCCAGCUGGCCCAGACAGGCCUAGACGAUAUGAAACAUUCUGUCUCUGACUCAGCCUCUGAACCAUGUGAUGCACAGAUGGGUCUCUCUAAACCUCUGUCUGACAACCAGCCUGGGGGUCGUCUGUCUGCCCUGGAGAGACUUCAGUAUCAGCUGACCUCACAGGAGCUCCAGUUCGCCCAGAGGGAUGAGCGUAAGAGGCGAGCCGUGAUCGUACGGGCUGGGCUGUCAGACAACGAGAGUGGCGAGCCCUGGGACCCGCCGACCAGAGAUCACCGCAGUAAGGAGAACACCCCUCCAGCCCUGGACCAGUCCGGAGGCAUCACGCGCCUCCUCUCCAGCUCAGCGGGAACGGAUGAGAGUCUGCGUGAUGUUUGGCAGAUGCUGGACAGAGGCUGGAGUCCCUCCAUCCUCACGCCAAGUGACCAUGAGGCCAGAGGUGAGGUGGAAGGGACAGCACCGGACUCAGGAGCUCAGGUUGAAGUGCAGGGUCUCAAAGCUGCUUUCCAAGAAAGGAAGAAACCGACAAAGCCCUUAUCUGAGCCUGUGAAAAAGACACGCCCCCCUGGGAACGCGGUGAAGAUAAGAAACUAUAACAUCAAGGACUGA